UAUUUUGCUUAUCUUGCCUUAAGCUCUAAUAUUGUUUUAAAAUGAUACAAUAAGUGGAACAUUGUUUUUGCACUUUAGGAUUAUAUUAUUUUUACGAAAAGGUUUGAUCUUUUGAUUUAGGGAAUCUCAGAAAUGUUACCAAUUGAGAUAAUCCAAUUGUUAUAUGGAAUAUUGUCCGAUUGCUAUUAGAUUUUACCCAGCUACGCCUGGGUAAAAACCUCCAUUUUUGACUGAAACUAAAUGUGUAACUUGCGUUCCUCUAAAUCGUGGAUUUGUUAACCACAAGCUUUUAUUAAAAUACUAAUAGUAGUUUUUCUGCAGUUGUGAUACUUUCCUCAAAUGUUUGCGCUAGUCGCUUCUAUUUUGAUUUCAAACACUUAUUUACAUUUAGCAAAUUACAAUUUCUUUCAGAUUACAUUUCGUUCUGAGUAAAAUUCCGAAGGUGAAAGAUUGAACUGCCUUGUAAAACAGAUGCAAUAUAGAUAUCAACAUAUAUCAAACAUAUAUAAUUUUUUUCUACUAGUUAUUUAUUGCAAAAAGCAUUUAAAAAGUCGCUACUUACAUUAAAAUUGUUACUUUAUCGUAACUGUAAUUUUAUGAUUUAAUCGAUAUUCAAAUUAUAUUAUACUCUACCCACAUGAGGCAUGUGAGCAAUGAGUAUCACUUGCUUUGUUAUAUAUUUUUUUAAACAGCUUCAAUUACAUUUGCUUUUUGAUAACGCUGCUUAUUAUUACAAACUCCUUAUUUGAGACAGUUAAUCGUUAGGAUAAGAGCAAUAUUGUAUAUUUUGUCCUGUUGAUUUAUCAGUAAGAUAUCCCGAAAAACACAUGUAAAGUCCGUCUCUGGAAAAGCGUUUAUCAGCGGUUUGCAGCUGGUUUUUGUUCCAAUUGACGCGAAUUUGCAGUGCGCAUUGUAGCGGCAUUGUCUGUCUUCUCUAGAUUUACCUAGAUUUAGAGAAUUUGUGAAAUUUCUUUUGAAAUUCCUAACGUUUAGGAACUGUUAAGGCAGAACCAGUCCUAAUCCGCACCUCGAUAUUUCAAAAACGAGUAAAAUUGCCUAUAAAAGUUUUCGAACAGUUAGCUAGGACAGCUGCAUAAAAAAAUCGAUAACAUAAUAGGCUAAAUGAAGUUACGCCACUGGCAGCGGUGUUUCAAGAUGGCGAAAUACCGAGUGUUGUGAAGCUAGUGGCUUGAUUUAUCAGCGGUCGUUUUCGGUCUAUAUUUUAAUGUUACCUUUUGUGAAAGUGAUAGAGCGGUCUUCAUAUUUGGCAAAUAACGCAAAAUAUUGAAAAUGGACGAGUCAAUGACCUGCCCUAUGGCCUUUUUUACACCAAUUGUAGAGAUUGCCGAAGAACCAACAACUAAUUCAACCAAAGAAAAAUCCUCAAAAUCCAAAUUGCGGAAAGGAGGUUCUAGUGAACUUAAAAUAGGAGAAUCGUGCGCCAAACCAAAUACCCGUUCCAGAAAAACGGCCAGUGAACCGCAGUUAGUGUCCGCUAUUGCGGUUAAUGUGAAGAAUCAAGGCGACAUUAACAAGGAACAAAAACUUGAGAAACCUGCAACCGAUAGUCAGGAAACCAAAGAAAUUGAGCAAACAGAUGAACCAAAAAAUGAGACCAAAAAACAGGAGUUCAGGGGUAGUAAACGGAAACGUGGCAGACCAAAGAAAAUAGUUUUAGAGCCUAAGAAAUCGAAAAGAAAGUAUACGAAGAAAUCUAGUCCUGUCGUAGAAGAACCAAAGAAAGAAAAGAAACCUCGCAAGCAGAGAUCGCCAAAGAAAAAACCGCCUGAUAGCGAAGUAAUGGCUUUCAAGUUUGAUGAUGAUGUUUUCAUAUCUCCUGAGCACUUGGACGUUAGCAAAGUUAUUAAAUGCCCAAUUUGCAAAGAUGAAAAAGAGUGGAACGCUAAAGACAUCAAAGAACAUUACAAGCUGCUGCAUCCUGGAAAACGAUUGAGAACUUCAAGAUUUUUCGGCGAUGUGCAUCCUUGUGAUGUAUGUGGUAAAGAGUUCAAGUCUCCGGGCAGUCUUAAGGAUCACAUAGAAACCCAUAACAGCUAUUACUAUUGUGAUAUAUGCAAUCAUUCCACCAAAAAGAUCGUCGAUCAUAUCGUCCAUAUGAGAGUCCACAACAUCAACAGUAACUUCCAAUGUCUGAUGUGCGAUUUCAGAACCAAAGAUAUCAACGAAAUCACCGAACAUGCCACCAACCACGAAGAUCUGCUGAAGUACUGGUGCGCUUCCUGUAAGAAAUCCUUCAGCAUUUUGCAGCAUUUCCAAGAGCACGACAAUUAUCACACUGGGCUCAAACCGUUCGACUGUUUGUAUUGUGACAAGUCCUUUCUCUACUCCAGAUAUCUUCAUGCUCAUAAAAUAACCAUGCAUAAAGACCUGAUGAGCUGUCCGAGCAGUUAUGUGUGUGUCAUCUGCGCCAAGGUGUAUCAACAUAGGAAUAGUUUGAAACUACAUAUGAACUCCCAUACCGGAAAUUUUGCUGUUUGUGAUAUAUGCGGAAAAACGCUGUCAAGCAAGGAGAAACUGAAGUUUCAUUUGAGAACACACACUGGAUAUAAGCCUUAUAGUUGCCAAUACUGUGGAAAAUCAUUUACAAAAAAACCAAUACUGGUGGAGCAUGUGCGAGUGCACACUGGCGAGAAACCCUACAUUUGCGACUAUUGUUCCAAAGGCUUUUCGCAAAGAAGUAGCUUAGUGAUCCACAUGAGGGGUCACACUGGUGAAAAGCCUUACGGAUGCCAGUUUUGUGGAAAAGCCUUUGUGGCUAAGGCCAUGCUCAAUAUUCACCUAAAGAGUUGCAGAGGCCUGUUUCAAGUCGUUACAAAAAUGGAGUUUUAAAACCUACUACUUACUGUAGUUUGCUGUGUGGACAACAGCUAAUCAUUUGGAACUUACAGAUAGUUAAGAAAGUUCAUUAAUUCUUCAAGUUAAUUUGCCGAUGUUUGAUGAAUAGUUUUCAAAAGUUCUCAUAUAGUGCAAUAUUUCUGUUUUAUAGGUUAGUCUUGUAGAACUUGAUUGGACUAAGAAAAAUUUUAGAAAGUCGCAUAACUAAUAAUUUAUCAAAAUUUUUAUUUUUCAGCCUGUAUAUCAAGAUGCAUUUACUUAGUGUUUGUCAUUUUAUUGUCAAUGUUUUAUACUUAGUUUCACAAAAAUUUCGAAAACGUAUCCCUUAAAAGAAAGGUAUUUCAGCUCAGAAAAGUGAGUUUCUACAAAAGAAGUAAAAAAUAUGCACAUUUUAUUGAUCCAAUGAUGCUUUAAUAAAAGUAAAUUAUGUAUGCUCGAUUACAUACUCACCUUAAAUUAGGGUAUGUUUUUGGCACGAAUAUACAGUGUGUUUUGUGAUAAAAUAUAUAAACCAUUUUUCAGCAAGUUGGAGAUUAGUAUAUUGUAGUCGUAACAAAUUAUCUUUAUUAAAUUCUAUGGAUAUAAUUAAGUCACAUGACUUGUGUUAGCGAACAUGCCAUAUUAUAUAUACGAAAUAAAUAGUGUUUCACUUACCUAAUAGAUAUGUAGUGAAAUAAAGAUAUUAAAUUAA